AUGGAGCCGCCCCACGACUCCAAGCGGGAAGCCAAAAUCCUCGCUCUUGCGGCUUCGGAGCGCAUCAUGCCGCUGCUGGAAACUUUCAGUUUCAACGGGAGCCAAUUCGUUCUGGUGUUUCCGUUUAUGCGCUACGACUUUGGCGAUGUGCUGCACGACAGGAAAUUGACAAAGGGCCAAGUCAAGUCGUGCUUAAAAGACUUGUUUACCGGACUGGCGUACAUUCACAGCAAGGGUAUCGUUCAUCGCGACAUCAAGCCUUCCAAUAUUCUCCUCAAGUCCUUGGACGGCCCGGCAUUCCUCUCCGACUUUGGCAUUGCAUGGGCGGCCGGUGUGUCGGGUUCAGAAGCAGCAGACUCCAAGAUUACCGAUGUAGGAACCACCUGCUACAGGCCACCCGAACUGUUGUUUGGCAACCAAAAGUACGAUUGUAGUCUGGAUCUAUGGGCUGCUGGCUGCACGGUGGCGGAGGCGCUACACCCAGACCACGAGACGCUCUUUGAUUCUGGGGAGCUGGGAAGCGAUCUGGCGCUGAUUCAGAGCGUAUUCAAGAAGCUGGGAACGCCGACGCUGCAUAUCUGGCCGGAGGCAGCAAGUUUCCGCGACUGGGGCAAGGUGCAGUUCUACGAGUACCCAGCACAGGACUGGUCUGUGUUGCUACCAACUCUUUCUGAGCCAGAACGCGACCUCGUCGGCAGUCUGGUGAGCGACGACCGCUCUGGACGACUCGCCCGACCGCUCAACAUGGCGUUUCUAUUCCGCAACAAGCAGAAGAACAAUCUCGAGCUCACCCGAUCCAUCAAGGAGCUCACGCUGCGGCUUGGGCAAGAGGACAGGCCCAACCCCAAGCUCGAGGAGGGGCUUGCGCUCGACCUGCAGCAGAUGAAGAUUAGGCUUCAGGGAACACCUGACACAGAAGUGAACCCCGAGGCCGUGUUCCAGCUGCUCACCAACAUCCUCAACGAAGACGUGCUGUAUGUGCUCGCCAUCAACAUCCACCGGCUUCCGUUUGAAUCGCGAAAGGACGCACAGGUCAUCUUCUCGACAGCCUUUCGCUACAAGCCCGCCGGCCAGACGACGCCGCAGGUGCUGGAGCACGUUGUUGCAUACCGACCGGAGAUCAUCAUUGCGCUAUGUCGGGGCUACGACCGGCGGGAGAGCGCCAUGCCAUGCGGUGGAAUCCUGCGCGAGGCGCUCAAGUACGACGCGAUUGCUGCACUGCUUCUGUACGACGAGCCAAUGGAGGAUGGCAAGACGCUGGACCUGGGCAACGUGAAUCCCGACCUGCCGUCGUCUGGCAACGGCGUCUUCUGGCGGUUUUUUGGGUGGAUCGACAAGGGCGCGUUUGAAGUCAGCGCAGACGCAUUCAAUACCUUCAGGACGAAUUUCGACGCCUUUUUUUCCAAGUACAACUCGAUGCUGGUGCAGUCGGAAAGCUAUGUCACGAAGCGCCAGUCGAUCAAGCUACUGGGCGAGAUUCUGCUGGACCGGGCCAACUACAACGUCAUGACGCAAUACGUCGACUCGGGCGAGCAUCUCAAGAUCAUCAUGAAGCUGCUGCGCGAUGACCGCAAAAUGAUCAACUACGAGGGUUUUCACGUGUUCAAGGUCUUUGUCGCGAAUCCGAACAAAUCCGUCGCGGUGCAACGUAUCCUGAUCAGUAAUCGGGACAAGCUGCUGCGGUUCCUGCCUUCGUUUCUCGAAGACCGCACCGAAGACGAGCAGUUUAUCGACGAAAAGAGUUUCCUGAUCCGCCAAAUCGAGCAGCUGCCGCCGGCGCCCGUCGCCCCGCCCACCGCCAUAUAG